AUGGCAAGCUUCGAAGUUAGCAUCUUAGGAGCCUCAGGAGGACCUCUCGAUGGCGGUAAUCAGGGAGUUCUUAUUUCAACUCCUGGAAAUCCCCUAAACAAAAAGUACAUAUGCGUAGAUGCAGGGUCAGGCCUGCGACAGAUAGCGAGCAUGAUAGUAUCCCAAAAUGGGAACGUCAGCAUGGGUGAAGGUUGUAGGAGCGAUCCGAUCGAAAGUUUCUACGAAAGGCUCGAAGAGCCGUUGCACAGCUUUGUCGAUUCAAGAUCGGAAAUAGUGCGUGGUUUGGGUCCGGACGCUAUGUUAGAGUCUAACGAAACGGUGAUGAAUGGAGCGCUCCGGAUCUUCAGUAACAUGAACGAGUACUACAUCACGCACCCGCAUUUGGAUCAUAUUGCAGCACUGGUGAUCAACUCGCCGGCAUGCUUGGCCACAGAAAAAGUUUUAUGGGGGCUACGUACCACUACAGAAGCCUUGAGAAAACAUGUAUUCAACGAUAUCUUGUGGCCUAACCUAUUUGCGCAAAAUAAAAUGAGUCUGGAACUACACACCUUAGACGACUACCAGUCUCAUAAGGUGAAAAGCAUACCCAAUUGGAUCAUCACUCCGUUGCGCGUCAGUCACGGAACAACCGUGGAAACUCAGCUUCCGUGUUUGAGCACUAUUUACCUGAUCCAAGACAAAAUUACAAACAACGCGGUUGCCAUUUGCGGUGAUUUAGAAUCAGACGUUAUUUCCCGAAAACGAUGGCUGGCUAAUGCUUGGAAACAUUUCAGCGCAACCGUACCCCUGGAGCGAUUGAAAUGCAUAUUGAUUGAGUGUUCAUGCUCCAACGCCACUAGGGACGAACAUCUGUAUGGCCAUCUUUCUCCCAAUUACCUGAUACACGAGCUGAAACAGUUAAGUCGGGCCUAUGGUAAACCGCUGGACGGCCUUCAAGUCAUUAUCAUGCAUGUCAAGAUGUCUGUAGGUAUGCGAGAUCCACGGCUGGUUAUUCUGCAAGAAAUAAGAGAGCUUGCUGCAGCCCAAGAGCUGGGUGAUGUGCGGUUCUCGAUUGCACUACAGGGGUACACAUUUGUACUAUAA